AUGCGUCCACAACCGAUUCACAUAUAUAGUGACCGUUCGAGUGUCGUGGAGAUUCAAUACUCCAGGUGGUCUCACGUCCGGAAAUUCGUAGUUCCCUUAGUUAUUCCUCAGUAUGUGAGUCGCGAUCGUGUCGACGUGGAAAAUUGCGAGGUGCACUUUGACGGUAUGAGUAAGCUUGGUCAGGUAUUCUGGAUUGCCGGAAUCAUACGCGUGGUGGUGCCCACCAUAUAUCCCCAAAUCGUUGACACCUUGGCACAAACCGUCGAAAUCCUGACGCCAAUCAACUCGUUCGAGACACUCAAGGAGGCCUUCUUUUAUAUCAGAAACGGCAUCAAUCUUUAUGACGGUGAUGAUAUAACCAUCCCACCCGUGUAUGUGGCACUCAUGCAGCUACUCGAUUGGCCUUACGUGGGUUCUUUACUAUACAACUUACUAUUCACAGCUAUUGACUUGUGGAUUGCGUGGCGAAUGGUUGCGAUUAAUCGGUGGUACCAAAAACAUCAAACCCGCCGAUUAGGAAAGUACGCUGAAGUGAAAGGAUUCAAUGAUGACUUAAUUGCUUCUUUCGUUUUGUUUAACCCGUUGAUUAUCCUCACCUGCAUCUCCCACCUGACACUCCCCGUGCAAGUUGUGCUUAUUGUCGAGCUGAUAUAUCAAGUUUGUGUCGGACAUAGCAUAAGCAGACUGGCCAUAACAUUGGGAGUGGCGAGUUACAUUGGGUUUACUCCGGUAUACUUAGCGCCGUCAAUUUUCGCUUUAGCUCAUGCUUUGAAACUUGAAGAACCUGCGCGGGUGUAUGUUCACGGCAUCGCCAUCUUGACCACCACCAUUAUGUUACUUGCUCUAAUCUCAGCAACAAUGACUGGCUCGACUCAAUUUCUUACUUGCUACAAGUCGAUUAUUUGGGGUGAUAAAAUUUCUCCCAACACGGGGUUGUGGUGGUACUUGUUCACAGAAAUGUUUGAGUUCUUCACUCCUUUUUAUACAGCUGUUUUCAAUAUCUACCACUUUAUCUUCAUUUUCCCUAUUACUGUCAGAUUAUUUGAGUUUGCUAAAGUGACAAAAAAAGAUCGAAUGGGAGUUUCACGGAUUGCGGUUGAUGAAAAGGGCAACUUUGUUAGCAUUGAUCCUGAUGGUACAGUGACCCCAUUGAAUUUCGGCACUGAAAAUGCCCAGAAGGAAGAACCGCAAGCAACCACCACUGAGCUGGAGGCAUUGACGACCGAAGCGACGUUGACCAGGCGCACUCAUGAAGAGUCCAAGCCCGCUACUGAGGUAAAGAAAGAGGCCGCCUCCGAAUCUGACAGUGAACACUACAAUGGUGAUUCACUCCUAGCGGUUGUGCUUUGCUUUAUAUGGCUUUCAUUCUCUAAGCUGUAUCCAGUCAUUGGGGAUUUGGGAUACGGGGUAUCGUUUCUUGCGAUAUUCAAAAACACUGCCCUUGCACACUGUCUGUACUUAUUUCCUGUGGGGCUCACGUUCGUUGUGUGUCUUUUAUUAUCUCCCAUCUUCUACUAUUGUUGGAUUGUUUUGGGGAAUGGUAACUCGAACUUUUUCUACAGCAUCAACUUGAUCUGGGGGGUAGUGCACGCGUUGAUCAUGAUGGAUGUUAUUUGGGGCAAGUUAAUAUUUGACUACAUUGUACAGCAUCAGCUAACCGAAGCUGACAAGAAAGAUUUACAGCUUACGCAACUUUAG